UCAUAUUCACGCUCUUUACAUGCACACGUCCACCGAGCCCACGGGAUGGUUUCUCCCUCCACACAUUCCUCCCACAGCAGCAGCAGCGAGUUGGCCAAAGGAGACCCCCAGAAUACCACCGCGGUGCGCGCUUUGGUUGAUCACGUGUUCGAGCAUCUCUUGAGAUGCGACGUGAGGCACGUAGCGAAAGUUAUUUUCGUUUCCCCUCUUAAAAGAGGCCUGAACUUGACACGCUCCAUCUUAAUGGAUGACAACAACAAAUCAGUGACGGGCUGUCUGAACAACACGGAAGUCGUUAGCUCCAUCUUGUUAUAGCCAAAAUACACAGUGUAGCCUACAUACGCGUGUUCUGCCUGGCGUGCGUCGUGACUGGAGGUGAUGGUUUCUGCACCCCUCUAUUCAUUUAUUAUUUUCAUUAUCACUACCGGUUUAAUUUGAAGAGCAAUACAAACCAACCGCCUAAGUCCCUGUUUAUUGUCAGGGAUUUAUAAUGUGUAAGUCUUCAUUUAAGAAAAAAAACACACAAAUAUAGCCAGAGGUUAAAGGGCUUUUUUUUUUUUAGCCCCCCCCCCUCCGCGUAGGAACUUUGCAGAACACAAACAUGUGCGUACAUAAAGCAAUCCCUCUCUGCACUUCGUUAGAAUGGCUGAAGACGCGUUUACUUGGACAUCUAUGUAAAAAAAACAGUUAAAAACAAAGAAGAAUCCUCUAAUAACAAAAGUAUGUCUGCUUCGCAGCAUGCUACAUUCCACCUGUACUCACUUUCCACCAAUGCAUAUUACAGGCAGGCUAUAGUGGACUCGGCAGUUCAGGUCACUGGUGACUUUUCUUAUCUUGGCCAAAGUGAUCCAGCGAGGGACACAGUUUGUCCUUGAGUAUUUUAUUUGUUGCUUAUGCAGGAACAAAGAUCCAGAAUCCCGGGGACGUGUGUGUUCUUAAGUGUGUCUGCGCUGUGAGACACUGUUCUGCAAGCAUGCCUAUAAAGUUCACUGAUCUGGUGUCUCACUAAGAGCUGGCACAGUCAUAAUAUGCAAAUGUCCCCAGGCAACGCUCGUAAAACAUUUCAGCGCUCUGGACUCCCGGUGGCUGCAGUGGACCUCGGUCACUGACAUUUUCUGGCUGCGAGCCAGUGGGCCUACAGAGCUGCUCGUUUUGGAUCUCCAUUGCCUUAUAGAAAAGACUCACUUCUGGUCCAAAUAUAGAUAUGAUGGAAUACGAUUUUGUAUUUUUUGGUGGGGGGGGGGGGGGUGUUUUCAUUCUACUCCACACCAUGCUACUUCAAGGCCUAGAUUUAGAUUUAGAUGUGACAUGGAUUUUAUUGAACCAUCCCAUGCUGGUCUCCCUUCACGCCAUGGAGCCACGUUCCAAUCACAUUUUCCAACACAUGGCUGACCAGUUUCCAUUUAGGAUACUCUGAUGCUGAGUGACGCCCAGAUACCGGCCCUCCCUUAGAAAAAGUAGAGCUGUGCGAUAAGUCUCUUUAAUGUUGCUGUUGUCGUGGUGAUUUCUACUCACGUGGUCGAAAAUCGAAAGUUAUGUUGAUGUGUGUCGGUGUCGCGUAUUUCCUCUGACACUUACAUUUUGUAUCACCGGGAUGGAAGGGUAAGGCUCAGGCACAGAGAGAAAUAGGCAGGAGUCCAGGCACGUGAACAAAAGAACUUUUACUGAGAUCUCACAAGCAACAACCACAAACUGGAGAGAGACGUCACACGGAGGACGAACAACAAUCUGGCAGAGGACAAGGGAAAUAAUGGGAAGGGAAGGUGAAGGGAAUGAAUGAUUAGCAGACACUGGGGAGACAGACACAAAACUAACAGGGUCUUACAUUUUUGUUGAAAUCAAUCCAGCCAUAAUGUGCAUUAUUAAAUCUCAUAGAAAACUGGACCAAUAAUGACGUAAGCAGGGCUAUUUAGGGAAACGCUGCAUGCCGCUGUAUUACAUACACCGUAGAUGUGAUUUAUGUUGGGAAAUAUGACAUGUUUUCAUCAAAGUUCACCGGGUUCUUGGCUGGGUUUUUUUCAUAAGCAAACAAAGCGAAGUCCAGGGUGCGUUAAACCGUUAUUUGGCAGUUAACUGGGUUCUAGAUACAGUAGAGGAGCAAGCCAAUUUUGUGUUGUGCAGAUUCCUGGGAAGUGAGGUCUGUGUGUGGUUUCUGUGUGUAUAUAUAUAUUUUUAUGUGUGUGUGUGUGUGUGCGUGCUGAAACCACAAUAAUGUUUCGCCACACAUCUUGAUACGUUUUUUUUCUGUCUGAAGAGCCACGCUUCCUCUGUAACACAGCAGAAGUCAGGUUGGGUGGCCAUGGACCCAUUCAACCAGCUCAUUCUCGCCACCUCGGUGACCAGUUUCUUCGCCUUCCAGUGGCUCUUCCACAGAGUCAGCCCCUGGACGUCCACGCGCAUCAGCCCCGGCUUCCUCGGCCUCAGUGAGAAGCAGAAGGUGGAAUGGAACUCAAGGACGGUGUCGACGUUUCACGCACUGUUGGUGGGAAUCUUCUGUCUGCACAUCUUGUUCUUUGAUGACGCUGUCAAUGAAGACCCAGUCUGGGGAGACCCUACAUUGGUGAAUACUAAUGUUGCCAUCACAACAGGCUACCUCAUAUCUGAUCUGCUGCUGAUAUUUUACUAUUGGAAGGCGAUAGGCGACAGAUUUAUUGUAGUUCACCAUCUGGCAGCGCUGUAUGCUUACUACUAUGUACUGGGCGAAGGAAUGUUGCCUUAUUUUGCUAACUUCCGUCUGCUUGCUGAAUUUUCUACACCAUGUGUGAACCAGCGCUGGUUCUUUGAGAUACUAGGUUAUCCCAAGUCCUCCCGGCCCAACUUGGCGAAUGGCGUCGCCAUGGCAGUCGUCUUUUUCGUGGUCCGCAUCGCCGUCAUGCCAGUGUACUACAUCCGCAUGUAUGCGGUCUACGGCACUGAGGCUUUCUACCUGGUGCCCUGGGGUGGCCGUGUGGCUUGGAUCUGCUCCAGUAUCUGCUUGGACAUCAUGAACAUAAUGUGGAUGCAUAAAAUUGCCCGCGGCUGCUACAAGGUGCUGCGUUCGGCACGCCAGAGCAAAGCCUGCCCCCGUCAGGAGAAUGGGAAGACGGAUUAGAGGGAAACAGGGUGUCGGUAUCGAGAAAGCCACAACAGAGACACAAUGAAGUCACUCCCGGCGCAUUGGGGGAGCAGCAGCUCGGACACUUACCGUGACAUCACAGGACUGAAUGUAUUAACGGAAAUUGAGUCACUGAGAUGUACCGAUGGACCCUUGAACUGGCCAUCCCAAAGCCAUGAAAUGACCUGUCAGCAAUACUGUACACAACAGAGUCCUGGGACAAUGGACUGUUCGCCCAACCACAAAUAUUUUGAGCUCAACAAAAGACUUCAUUUAGUCUUUUCCCUUUUUUUUUUUUUUUUUUCAAUCCCAGAAUUACACAGAUGAUCAUUCACCCACUGACAUUCAGUUAAGAGAAGUUAAUCUGAUAUUGUGAGUCUUGCUCACUUUGGAAUGGUGUCAUUUAUAUAAUGUAGGGUCGAAAGGGCCCCGGUACACUGUAUGUUUAUUUCUUUUGUCUUGCUGGAGUUGAGGCAAAUGACCUUUUGAACAUUCAAACAGUUAAAUAUGCUGUUUUUAUUGAAAAGGACGCUGGUGUACAGAAUACCCUCAAAAUGCUUAAAGGGAAAACGAAUGUCAGCGCUGUGUUUGUACGCUGACGCAAAGCAAUACAAGAACAUUUGUUAAUAAUGUUGAGGAGACUGAAAUUCCACAGAAUGCAGGAAAGAAAUGCAGCAUUGCAUUGACAAAGAUAAGUUGUGGACACGGUUUUUGUGGGAGCCGUCAUUUAUGUCCGAUUGCGCAAUACAUGUUGAGGGGUGAAACGGACGUGGAGUGCUGACAAACCUAACAAAAACAAUAUUAAACUCAGAGGGCAGAUCAAGAGUCGCAGCUUUGAAUGUGUAUGCUAAGAGGCUUGGUGGGAAAUCUGACACCCUUUAGUUAUUCUGGUAACAGGUGUUGACCUUAAGUUUAGAUAAUGUUCUCACAUCCUAUUUUUGAUAUCUUUUCUGGCACAAGCUGUUCAAAUCUACCCUUCACCAACAAGCUGCAUGCUUUUGACCCUUUAGUCAGCGAGUUGAAUUCAGAGUUCAACACAUUUAUUUAACUGAUUUAGUUUUUUGCAGAUUUUAGGUUUGAUGUAAAAAAUUAUAAAUCUAAUAAUAAUAAUCAGUGUUUCAGAGGGUAAUGUUUCUUUUCGUGUCAAAACAUGUUUGCAGUCGUUUUAGGAAGUGUGAUAUAAAAAUGUUUUCUCCCUCGUAUUACACAUAAUCUUCAAUCCACUGUUACACAUAUAAUACUUCCAUAUUUAUUCAUCAGCGUGAUGCAAGGAUUUCUUUUUUUUCUUGGUGGACAGGAGUGUAUGGAAACGUUGUGAAGAUUCACAUUCUAAUUGUUUUCUUGAGCGUCAUUCUAGUCGAUUUUCGUACAACACUGAACACAUGGACAAAUCUCCUCAAAGACAAAUGUAGAGCCUGUCAUUUUAACUUAAAGGUUGUAAGUCAUCGAUGAUUUAUGAAAAACAUGUACUUGAAUUUUCAUUGUAAAAGUAUCUUUAUAUGAGCUGUACAUCAAAAGCUAUCGUCAAAUGUUUUGUGGAAACAGAAAUGGGGAUUGCUAGUUUUAAAAAAUACGCCUUGCUAUGUUCAGCAUUUGAUUUUGUUGCCCUUUCUUUCUUUCUUUUUUUUUUUAAACAACUCAGAAUUGCACAGUGAAUACUUUGUUAUAUUCUCCCAAAAGAUAAAUGUGUUCCACGUCUGAUGCCUGUCUAAUGUGAUUGUUUGGCCUUUUUGUUUCAAAUGUUAAACCAAUGGGCGUGGGACAGCUGGUUGUGUUAGUGCUUUUGUUUUGUUAUGUUUUUUUUUUAAAGUGUCAUUUGUGCCAGUGCUAAAGCCAUUACUACUUUCCAUAUACAGUGCCAACUUGCAUCCAUGAUUUGAUGGUUCAGACCAAUGCUGUGCACAUACCCAUCUCCAGUCACAGCAGGAUGAGGCUCAGUGUAGUUUGGCGGUGUGAAAUACUUCUGUCGCUGACGCCAUUCGAUGACACGGACUCGAGUGGAUCAUCACGAUCUCGUAUCUUUAGAAAAAGAGUCGGGAUGUGUUAACGUUUCACUGGAAACCAUGCAAGGUCUUGCAUGGCCAGUGUGGUCGUCUUCUUCACGCACCCUAUAUAACUGCAUGUGUUAUUGCAUGGGGAUCGCACUGCACACAAUAUAGCGUAUACAUUUGCAAGACAACUUUCUUGUUCUUCCUAGUACAUGUACAUAAUGUUUACUGAAACGUUAUUCUUGUAAUGCGCCACAUAAUGUAAUCCACAGAUGAUGAUGAUGGGAUGAGAACCAUAAAGCAGAUAUUUAGUAUAAUAUCCAGCACAGAUAUAAUAAGAAAGGGAAUACUUGAAUACUGAAUACACAGUAUAUAACAAUCUGGGCAGUGCAAAUCAACCUGAAUCCUAUGAGCAUCUUGCAUUAUAUGCGUUCCAUUGUCUUUAAUGUAUUAAUGCAAGAGAAGUAUAACACAAAGCAGAUGCUCUGGUAAUAGAGAGCAUGGUGCCGCCGGUGUUUCUGUUCUGAAUGUUGUAUGGGGAGAGAUGUGAGUAGGUGGAGUGUUAAGUGACAUUCUAUGAAUGUAUCGGAGAAGAGAAAAUAUAUUUGUCAUUUACGUUUUCAUUUGUUCUUUACAAUAAAUACCAAAUU